AUGGAAAAAAAUAUUAUAAAAAGAGAAGAGAAUGAAGUUGAAGAAAGAAACGAAGAAAUAGAUAAUAUAGAAAACAUAGAUAAAAGAUUUAAUGAAAUAAUUUCAAUUUCUUGUGAAUGUAUUCAACCAGAAGAAUUAAAAACAAAAUUACUUUUAAAAAGAAGAUUAAUAUGUUAUGAUGGGUUUGAACCAUCUGGUCGUAUGCACAUAGCUCAAGGUUUAUUAAAAUGUUUGAUUGUAAAUAAAUUAACAAGUAAUGGUUGCAAAUUUAUAUUUUGGAUAGCUGAUUGGUUUGCACAAUUAAAUAAUAAAAUGUCAGGAGAUUUAAAAAAAAUAAGAAAAAUGGGAAAUUAUUUUAUUGAAGUAUGGAAAUCAUGUGGUAUGAAUAUGGAAAAUGUAGAAUUUUUGUGGGCGAGUGAUGAAAUAAACAAAAAACCAAAUGAUUAUUGGUCAUUAGUAAUUGAUAUUUCAAGAAGUUUUAAUAUUAAUAGAAUUAAAAGAUGUUUAAAAAUUAUGGGUAGAAGUGAAGGUGAAGAUAAUUAUUGUUCUCAAAUAUUAUAUCCAUGUAUGCAAUGUGCUGAUAUAUUUUUUUUAAAUGUUGAUAUAUGUCAAUUAGGAAUUGAUCAAAGAAAGGUAAAUAUGUUAGCAAGAGAAUAUUGUGAUAUUAAAAAAAUGAAGAAAAAACCAAUAAUUUUAUCUCAUGAAAUGUUACCAGGUUUAUUAGAAGGACAAGAAAAAAUGUCAAAAUCAGAUGAAAAUUCUGCAAUAUUUAUGGAUGAUUUAGAAGCAGAUGUUAAUAGAAAAAUUAAAAAAGCAUAUUGCCCACCAAAUAUAAUAGAAAAUAAUCCAAUUUUUUCUUAUGCUAAAUCAAUAAUAUACCCAUAUUAUAAUAAAUUUCAUUUAGUCAGAAAAGAAAAAAAUGGAGGUGAUAAAAUAUAUUAUGAUAUUAAAGAAUUAGAAAAUGAUUAUAUCAGUGGAUUAGUUCAUCCAUUAGAUUUAAAAGAUAAUGUUGCCAUCUAUAUUAACAAAUUAUUGCAACCUGUGAGAGAUCAUUUUCAAAAUAAUGCAGAAGCAAAAAAAUUAUUAAGUGAAAUAAAAAAAUAUAAAGUAACAAAAUAA